AUGGCUUCACUGUUGUGGAAGAGAGUGAGAAUACUGGGUGAAGGUGGAUUUGGGGUUGUUUCUUUAGCUUCGACGUCCGAUAAUCAACCUCCCACGUUAGAGCGUCUUCCACCUCUCAUCGCCAUAAAAUCUUGCUUACUCCAUCGCUCUCAAUCUUUGCAAGAAGAAGAGGCAUUCCUCAGCAUGUUUGCAGACUCGCCUUACGUAAUUCACUGUUUCAGACCUAAUAUUGAACUACAAGAUGGCGUCGCCGUUUACAACUUACUUCUCGAAUAUGCCUCCGGAGGAAGCUUAGCCGAUCGUCUUCACAACUACAACUCAGGGAAAGGUCUGUCAGAGUUUGAAGUUAGAAAACACACUAGGAAUGUUGUUUUAGGGCUCGUUCACAUACACAGCAGAGGAGUUAUUCAUUGCGACAUCAAGCCCGAUAACAUUCUUCUUGCGGGCUCUGAUGAAACUGCCAAGAUCGCAGAUUUCGGGCUCUCUAUGACUUUGGAACAGAGCAGGGCACAAAAGCAUGGACUGAGGGGAACUGAAAGGUAUUUGGCACCAGAAUCCGUGGUUGACGAGGAGUACGGAACAGAAGUUGAUAUAUGGGCUCUUGGUUGCACUGUCUACGAGUUGAUGACGGGGACACCGCUGUGGGAAUCAGAUGAAGAUAGUCAAGAUUCGAAUGUUUUAUACAGAAUCGGGUUUGAGGAACCAAUGUUUCAGAAUGCCAAGUUGUCGAAUGAAGCACAAGAUUUUUUGAAGAGGUGUCUAGUCAAGAAUCCCACUUCACGUUGGACGGCGGAGAUGCUAUUGAACCAUCCGUUUCUGAAUUCAUCAAAAGUAGCAGACAAUAAUGUCCAGCCUGCAACAAAGACAACAAAGAGGCUAAAGAUUAUUUUACGCAGACCGCAGCAGAAGAUAGCAUUCAAGAAUCCCAGUUCAGGUUGGAUAGCCGACAUGCUAUUGAACCAACCGUUCCUGAAUUCAUCCAAAGUAGAAAACAAUGUCCAGCCAGCAACAAAGACACCUAAGAAGCUAAAGAUCAUUUUACGCAGACCGCAGCAGAAGAUAGCAGUCAAGAUACAACCACAUAACCGUGAUCUGAUCAUAGGACAUUGA